AUGAAAGCUUACUUGCAUGCCCUUCAGCUGAGGAAGGAAUGUGCUUCAUCAAUCAUAGAACCCAAGUCAAUAGAGCUGGUGGCAGCACUGGCAGCAGGUAGGAGAUCAAAGCUAGUGGUGGAGAUCACUUCAAAUGGUAUCACUCCACUGACAAUGGCACUUGCUGUUGCAGCAAUGCAUACAGGAAGGAAAGUCGUUCUCUGCACCACUACUCUCAACAACAUUCCUUCUUCCUCAUCAACAACUCAUGAAAGUCAAAUCAAGUCUCAGUUGGAGUCAAUGGAGCUUGGAGAUGUGGUAGUGGAGCAUGUUUCUAGUGGUGAUGAUGACUUGGGUCUCAAGAAAUACAGAGGGGUUGAUUUUGUUGUGGUGGAUGGGGAUGUAGAGCACCAUUUGGAGCUCUUGGGGUUGCUUGAUGUGAACCCAAUUGGUUCUAUGAUUGUGGGUCAUAACUUGGAUAAGACGAAAGGAAGGGGUGGUUACAAAGGUGGGUGUUCUUCUUUUGGGGAGGCUUUGGGGAGGAAUAAAGAAGGUUGCUAUUCUGUGAGCUUGCCAAUUGGGGAUGGAGGGAUGGAGUUGGCAAGACUUGGUGGUGGUGGGUGUUGUGGUAAUGUGCCUGUGGAGAUUGAGAGGAGGUACAAGAGGUUCCAUGUCACAUUUGAGGAGUGA